AUGAAUAAAGAUGGGAUAUUCAGAUACCAGCGGUACAAAUGGUUGAGUGGAGAUUCCAAACACCUAGCCGCAAGGUACCGUGACUUCAACCUAGAUAAUCUUCUUGAAGCAGCCGUUCAAGCGACCGGCCGCGACGGAACAAAAUGUGUGAAGGUAUUGAAAUGCUUGGAAGGACAAUACAAUAAGGCAUUUGUCUUAACCAUGAAUAAUGGCGAGGAACUAGUUGCCAGGUUACCAAACCCGAACGCAGGCCCUUCUUUCUAUACAACAGCUUCUGAAGUGGCAACUCGCCAUUUCGUUCGGGAGGUCUUGGGGAUCCCAGUCCCACGUAUUUAUGCCUGGUCAGCGGAUUCAUCAAGUUCGAUAGAAGCUGAAUAUAUUAUCGAGGCGAAGGCCGAGGGACAUUCCCUUGGGAGCCUGUGGGGCCGAAUGUCCAGGUCGUCACAAUUUGGAAUCAUUGACCAAAUUGUUGAAAUAGAGAGGAAACUGGCAUCUGUAUCGUUCCACAUGCAAGGGUGCCUCUACUACACUUCCGACCUCAAAUCAAAAGUUCCUGAUGUGAAAGGCCUCGAUACUAUGCUUAGCAUAUCGCCAGGGCUGAAGAUAGAGGAUUGCAGGCAGCUGUCCUGCUUCGGAGUUGGACCAUCUAAUGACCGAAAUUUGUGGAAUGGCGAAAGACAUUCGAUGAACCAGGAUAGAGGACCAUGGACCAACCCUAUCCAUUACGUGACUGCUCUUGGAAGUAACGAACUGGACUGGGCAAGAUGCCAUGCAAAGCCAAGAAUGAACUACUACCGGUCAACAGAGACUCCAGAAAAUCCCAACGAGUACCUGGCUCUUCUCCAGCGCUAUUUCGACAUUGCCCCACACCUAGUACCAAAGCAGCCCUGCUCUGAAUAUGACAACAUUAACACGCUGUCACAUCCAGACCUCCACCUCGACAAUAUAUUCAUCGACCCAGAAACAAACCAGAUCACUUCCAUCAUAGACUGGCAACUCGCAGCCAUAACGCCAUCAUUUUUACAACAUCCUCACCCGCAAAUGCUGGAACUCUCACUUAGCCCAGGCAGCGAAGAACAAAGAAGCAGGGAAAAGGAGCUACUCGAAUACUACUACAAAGUAACAGAAAAGUUGAAUCCAUCCCGAGCUGAGGCAUUCAACGACCCAUACCUAUCGACACGAGUCGCCCCCAUUAAUCUGAUAUCUGGAUGUUGGGAACGCGAGGACACUUUCUCACUGCGUGAGUCUUUGAUCAAGGUUGCCGCAUACUGGGACCAACUCCGGCAAGACGACGCACCAUGCCCGGUUGACUUUAAUGUCGAUGAGCUAGCUGAACAUGAACGCGAAAGGGAAUUAAUUGGGGGGCUUUCAAACAUCGUUCAGCAGUUAGAAGAAGAAGGACUUAUUCCGAUCGGAGGGAUGGUUCGACCGGAGGAGUAUGAGCAUGCCAAGAUGGUGAGUGAGUACUUUAAGAGCGAGUUUAUCAAUUUAGCUGAGGGAAAUCAACAACGGGAACUGCAUGAAAAGGUAUGGCCUUAUUAG